AUGCAAAGAAUCGGAGUUUUUAAACGCAUUGCCUUGAAAAAUCGGAAGCCAGAUAGUGAAAACCGGAUGCCAUCUCGACCGCCAAAUUCAGUUCGAGCUUUGCCGGUGAUCGCCAUGUUCUCCACCGUCCGAUCCACCUCCGUCCUCGUCUUCUUCGUUUCCCUCCUCAUUUCCUCACUUUCGCAAGUCCUCGCCUCUGAGUCUGAUCACAAGUAUCAACCAGAUGAAUCAGUCACUCUAUGGGUGAAUAAAGUUGGUCCGUACAACAAUCCACAAGAAACAUACAAUUAUUACAGCCUUCCAUUUUGCCAUCCGUCUGGCUAUCCUGGUCACAAAUGGGGUGGUCUUGGUGAGGUCCUCGGAGGAAAUGAACUUAUUGACAGUCAAAUUGAGAUUAAGUUCCAAAAAAAUGUGGAGAGGACUACUAUUUGUCAAUUGGAGCUUGAUGAACCAAAGGUUAAGCAGUUUAAGGAUGCAAUUGAGAAUGGCUACUGGUUUGAGUUUUUCAUGGAUGAUUUGCCUCUGUGGGGCUUUGUUGGUGAGUUGCAUCCUGACAAGAAUAGCAAUAAUGUUAAGCAUGUCCUUUACACGCAUAAGAAUAUCAUCAUCAAAUAUAAUAAAGAUCAGAUUAUUCACGUGAAUCUCACUCAAGAAAACUUAAGGCCGUUGGACGUUGGAAAGACAUUGGACUUGACAUAUGCUGUGAAGUGGAUUCCUACUAACGUCACUUUUGCUCGACGAUUUGAUAUUUAUUUGGACUACCCAUUCUUUGAGCAUCAGAUUCAUUGGUUCUCCAUUUUCAAUUCAUUCAUGAUGGUUAUUUUCCUCACUGGUCUGGUCUCUAUGAUAUUGAUGCGGACUCUUAGAAAUGACUAUGCUAAAUAUGCACGUGAAGAUGAUGAUCUGGAAACUCUGGAGCGAGAUGUUAGUGAAGAGUCUGGCUGGAAACUCGUCCAUGGGGAUGUUUUUCGACCUCCUCGUAAUUUAGUAAUUCUUUCAGCUGUUGUUGGUACAGGUGCUCAGCUUGCAUUGCUUGUUCUCCUUGUCAUCCUAUUAGCAAUUGUUGGAAUGUUAUAUGUUGGGAGAGGAGCAAUUGUCACAACUUUCAUAGUAUGCUAUGCACUUACGUCAUCCAUUUCUGGCUAUGUUAGUGCUGGGAUGUACUCACGUAAUGGGGGUAAAAACUGGAUAAAAUCAAUGAUCUUCACAGCAUCUCUUUUCCCAUUUUUGUGCUUUGGGAUUGGGUUCAUCUUAAACACUAUUGCUAUAUUCUAUGGGUCUCUAGCAGCCAUUCCCUUUGGUACGAUGGUUGUGGUCUUUGUCAUUUGGGCUUUCAUUUCUUUUCCUUUGGCACUUCUUGGUACGGUUAUUGGACGAAACUGGAGUGGUGCCCCUAACAAUCCAUGUCGUGUGAAAACUAUUCCACGUCCUAUUCCUGAGAAGAAAUGGUACCUCACACCAUCUGUAGUCUCCAUGAUGGGAGGAUUGCUGCCUUUUGGUAGUAUUUUCAUAGAGAUGUAUUUUGUCUUUACAUCCUUCUGGAACUACAAGGUGUACUAUGUAUAUGGAUUCAUGCUGCUAGUUUUCCUAAUCCUCAUUAUCGUUACUGUUUGCGUGACCAUUGUGGGAACAUAUUUCUUGCUUAAUGCUGAGAACUAUCACUGGCAAUGGACUUCUUUUUUCUCUGCUGCUUCAACUGCUGUCUAUGUGUACUUCUACUCGAUAUACUACUAUUAUGUGAAGACCAAGAUGUCCGGCUUUUUUCAGACCAGCUUCUACUUCGGAUACACAUUGAUGUUCUGCCUUGGAUUGGGAAUUCUUUGCGGAGCUGUUGGUUACCUGGGAUCCAAUUUGUUCGUACGGAGGAUCUAUAGAAACAUCAAAUGUGAUUAGGGGUUUUGUAGAAGCAAAAAACCUACGCUACCUUGAAGCAUUUUGAUAGUGGAGGCAAUAACUUCGAGAAGCUCUUGAUACAUAGGGAAGGAGGGAGGGAGGAGGCCUAGCAACGCAGUAAUACCUGUAGAAAUUAAAGUUUUGAGAUGGGGACAUGCUCUUGUAUUCUUUUUGGUAAUUGAUGUGUCUUCCCCCAACUGUAAUUGAAUAUCUUGAUUUAGAAUUUGAGAGAUUGUUUUUCAUAAUGUAGAAAAGUUGACAAAAUUGUUAGACUCAUGUUAUUUUUAUGAUAUUUUGUCAUUCACACAUCAGUGAGAAAUGGCCCAUGCCUAUUUCUAUACUAUAGUUUUAUCA